GCUAGGCCGCUCAUCUCCGGUCCGGUCAGUCGAGCUCGAGCGAGCCAGGGGCAUGCUACUAUGAGGCAGGCGGUGGGCGCCGGUGAGGAGGGGCUGCCGCGGAAGGUAGUCCUGGCGGCCGGGGACGCCGGUGAGGAGGGGCUGCCGCGGAAGAUGGUCCUGGCGGCCGGGGACGCCGACGGGGCCGCGCGCCGUCGCCGCCGGCUCGAGCUCCGGCGGCACGGACGGAAGGUGGCGUCGGGCGAGGACGAGCCGGCCAGGAAGGCGACCGACGGGUCCGAGUCCGAGUCCUCCGCGGACGUGGGCUGGCUGCCGGCGUGCCUCUCGCACGGCGCGGUGUCGGUGAUCGGCCGGCGAAGGGAGAUGGAGGACGCCGUGGCCGUCGAGCGCACCUUCCUGGCCCCGCCGUGCGGGGGAGGCGACGAGGGCAGCGGCGGGGAGGAGGACUUCUUCGCGGUGUACGACGGCCACGGCGGGGCGCGGGUGGCGGAGGCGUGCCGGGAGCGGAUGCACGUGGUGCUGGCCGAGGAGGUGGCGCGGCUGCGGUGCCGCCCCGGCGCGCGCGGCUGGAAGGAGGCCCUGGAGGCCAGCUUCGCCAGGGUAGACGGCGAGGUCGUCGGGAGCGCCGCCGCGGGCGCUGACGCUGACGCUGACGAGGAGUCGCGCUCCCGCACCGUGGGGUCCACCGCCGUGGUGGCCGUGGUGGGGCGGCGCCGCAUCGUGGUGGCCAACUGCGGCGACUCGCGCGCCGUCCUGUCACGCGGUGGCGUCGCCGUGCCGCUCUCCACUGACCACAAGCCAGAUCGACCGGACGAGUUGCAGAGAGUGGAAGCGGCUGGCGGCAGGGUGAUCAACUGGAACGGGUCCCGUGUCCUAGGGGUCCUAUCCACCUCCAGAUCCAUAGGUGACUACUACCUGAAGCCGUACGUGAGCGCGGAGCCGGAGGUGACGGCGGUGGAGAGGACGGACAAGGACGAGUUCCUGGUGCUGGCCAGCGACGGGCUGUGGGACGUGGUGUCCAACGAGGCCGCCUGCAGGGUGGCGCGGAGCUGCCUCACCGGCCGCGCCGCCGCCGCGUUCCCGGAGUCCGUGUCGGGGCGCACCGCCGCCGACGCGGCCGCGCUGCUUGCCGAGCUCGCCAUCUCCCGCGGCAGCAAGGACAACAUCAGCGUCGUGGUGGUCGAGCUGAAGCGGCUCAAGAGCAGGGUAGGGCGCCGUCGUGCCGUCGGGAGCGAGGUGCAGCUGUAGGAGCUUUGAUUAGCUAAUUUCUUAGCUGUUGUAGGCGCGCGCGCGCGCGUGCACUAGCUGGUAAGUAAAGUAACUAGUCUGUACAUUACGGCGACAUUUAUUCUGGCCGGGAAAAGAUCCUCCGGCCGAUCACCCACCGUCGGGGCUUCCGGUGAUCGAUGACGGUGACGAUGAGUCAUGACUCAUGAGUGUGUGUGAAAGAAAAUUGUCCAAUGUUUUUCGCUAA